CCGGGUCAUAAAUGAGGGCGAACAUCGUGGAACACAAAUCUUUUUCUUGCUUCUGGGGUUGAUCGACUCCCCACUAGCCCACAGUGAGGUUAGCACUUGGAAGAGACUCAACUCCAAUCACACCCUUCUACGCUACUGCCACCAUGAAGGUCCUUUCUGCCCUUGUCGCUUACUACUGUCUGGCAUGUACUAGUCUUGUUUCGUCCGAGCCUGGUUUGUUGGUGGGGAACACUCGUGGAGGAGAUGAAAUCCUUUUGUUUGGAUUGGAAAGCGGUUCGGUUGAGCCGUUUGUGCUACCUGGUAUCCUCGAAGCACCGGAUCAUAUUGUGGAAUAUGGUGGUUACUACUACAUUUCCACUGGAACCACGGUCAACACAUCAGCCAUUGCGCGAGUGCCCACUACCUUUGACAGUGGCGAUGAUGAUGUCGAAUUCUUUGCCUUUGGGGGAGGCUUGAAGCGACCGUACGGCUUUGAUUUUGAUGGCGCGAUUCUGUACGUGGCCAGUUUCCUGACGGAUCAAAUUCUCAUGUACUGGGCCGAUUCGGGAGACUACCUGGGUGUCUUUGCGCAAGGCAACCGCACCGAAGAAGGACUCUGCAAUGGUCCCAACCAAAUUGAAAUUUACGACGGCAAACUCUACAUGACAACACAGGGAAGUUUUAUUGAUGAACUGGGAGACCUCAAUUACGCGUUUGCCAGUCAGACGGUCGUGUACGAUUUGGAAACGGGAGAAGGACAAGUCUUUAUUCCGCAACCAGAACCCGACCCUGAAGGCAUGGGAUUCAUUAGUAUGUUGGGUUUGAAAAUUGGCUGUGGCGAUGAAUCCAUUUUAGACGAUGAUUGCACGGUUUAUACCACGGACUUUGCGGGAGGGUUGCGGUUGUAUGCCUUUUCGACUCAAGAAUUGAUUGAUUCGCAGUCCACUACGUAUGCACCAGGAGCCGCCACGGGAUCGUUGACCUUGGGAGACGAUGGCACCAUUUAUAUUGCUGGUUUCGACUCGGAAGAGAGUGGCGCCAUCAUGUCCUUGAUGCCUGAUACGGAUCCAACCAACACUGGGACCCUGUCCAUCAUCUACAGUAGUUCAAUGGAAGACCUGGCUCGACCUGUUGGAAUUCUAUUUGUUGAAUCGUUGGACGACGAGGAAAACUUUCCAGUUGGCCCUCCCGAGGUAUCCGAAGACGAACUGGCGACGACGACAAUGGCGCCAUCACCUGCUCCCACUACAGCUGCCUUGGGGGAGUUGCUGGACUUUUUGGAAAGCAGCACAUCGGGAGAGGUUUUGCAGGACAAGACUUCUCCUCAAUAUUCGGCUGCCAUGUGGUUGGGAGAAAAAGACACUUCGGGGAUGAGCGAUGCAAAGGUGCUUCAAAUGUAUGCCCUGGCAACCUUCUAUUAUGCUUCAGGAGGUGACGAUUGGAGCCUUUGUGGCGCGAACUCACUCAGUUGUGGUGACACUCCUUGGUUGUCUGACGAUAAUGAGUGUAACUGGGCCUUUGUUAGUUGUGAUGCUGAUGGUGCCGUCGACCAGAUUGCUUUUCCUGCCAGCGGAAAUGAUUUGGUUGGAGUCUUGCCCCCAGAGCUUUCCCUCCUGUCUGGACUGAAGAGAUUCCUCGCUCCUGAGAACUCUUUGAGUGGAGACUUGGAUGUUGCUUUUGGGGGGUUGACCUCCUUGGAGACACUUGCUAUGCCUGAUAAUCGACUGUGGGGAACUAUUCCUACUGGAAUUCUCCGCAGCAACUCACAGCUCGGACUACUUGCUCUUGGAGGAAAUCAGUUUUCUGGGACCAUCCCGUCGGCUAUUACUGGGGCUUCUAUCCUCAGUGAUCUACAACUGGACUAUAAUUCACUCACAGGAACCAUCCCUGCGGAUAUUGGAAGCCUUCUGCGGCUGACCAACAUAGAGAUUCAGGGCAACAACUUCGCAGGGUCCGUUCCCAACGAGCUUUACUCCUUGAGCAGGCUAAAGACCUUAUCAAUUCGAGAGAAUACUGGAAUCAAUGGUACCAUCAGUCCUUUGAUUAGCCAGCUUACUGACUUGAAUGUGUUGCAGCUUGGAUUCACUCAGCUUCGUGGCACAAUUCCCGAUGAGAUGUUUGCAUUGACUGAUUUGUCCGAGAUGAAUUUGGAAGGAGCUUCCUUCUCUGGAACCAUCCCUGAGGAGAUACGUUUGCUUAAUGCCUCUUUGUUUGACCUUUACUUGAAUGACAAUGCUUUCACUGGACCAGUGCCUGAGGCUUUUGACCACUUGACUGCUCUUGAGACCCUGCAAAUACAAGGGAAUCAAUUGACCGGCAGCAUCUCAGCAGCUGUCUGUGCAGAACGUGGAUUGCGAUUCCAACAGUUGGCUACACUCAUUGUGGACUGUAGUGUCGAAUGUACUUGCUGUGAUUUCUGUGAAGAAUAAACUUCUAAAGACAACUUGCUUGUCUAGCUAGUCGCCAAAUCAGCUCCGUCAAGUCUGCCUCGUGCUUGAUCAACAUGAUGACAAUGGCGUCCAUUGAGCUAAGGAUAUGAACUACAUGUAUCUCUGUUGCAGAUGGCUUUGCCGUAGUUCGAAUCGUACCCAUAGCACGUGACUUGUAAUUCGUGGUCUUUGAGACGCAUGUUGGACCACCUAGCUAUAGCAAGGCGGGCGCUCCCGUUUCCAAUGCUAAUCUAAAGAGAUUUGGCAAAGAAGGCAAGGAGUCUUUACCUCGGCAGUCUUGCUGCCAGAGCCCUCAACCCCUUUAAUUGUUUUUCCUGCUACGGUGGUCCCUGAAGGUAUAAGGGUAGGGUUAGAAUACAAAUAAGUCAGCAAAAACUAAAUAAGUAUCCUAGGAUGGUGCUUUUACAC